AAAUAGGCUGUUGCAGCAGCUUAAUUUGUCAUUGCAAACAUAGCAAGUCUUGUAACAAAUCUUAACUAUUUCAUACAAACUUCUCUUUUCAUAAUCAUCUUCACUUUACAUCCACAAAGAAAGCUAACCGCAGCAAAAACCUACAGGAAAGAACACAUCAUCCUAACUUGCUAAAUAAAUGGAAACAGUGAAGCGUUUAGUAGAUGGAAAGCCAGUGGUAAUAUUCAGCAAGAGUACCUGUUGCAUGAGCCACUCAGUGAAGCAGCUAAUAAGCAGCUAUGGAGCAAAUGCAACAGUUUAUGAACUCGAUGAAUUACCAAAUAGAAAUGAAAUUGAUAAAGCACUGCAAAAACUCGGGCUUAAGCCUAGUGUGCCAGCUGUUUUCAUAAACCAAAGGUUCAUCGGUGGAGCUAAGGAAAUCAUCAGCCUGCAAGUCCAAGGCAGGUUGGUUCCAAUGCUUAUGGAGGCCGGGGCUAUUUGGGUUUGGAACAAAACUCACUAGUUCAAUUACCUCCCUUUCAAUGUUGAUGUAUAAAGCUUUCUUUUUUCCUUACCCAAAAAAGAAGAGGACUGUAGUGUACAAGAAUAGGAGGCUCAAUCCGUGUUGAUUCAGCAAUAUUUGCAGAAUUCAAGGUUUUUGAAAAGAGAAUGCAUCACAUGUCAAUGUACAAGUGGCCCUUAUGAAAUAUGUAAUUAUAUUUAAUUAACAUAUGUAUGAAUGCAGCAUAAGUUAAUCUAUGAGACUCAGCAUUAUCCUUUGAUGGGAUUGUCAACAAACAAUUCAAAAUUAACUUUGUCAAAAGUGAGCGUAAUUAUCACAAAUAGAGAAUAAAAAUAAAAAAUUGAUAAGCAGCAAGAUGGGAAGGACGGAAAAGGAUUAACCAAAGACAAAUGUAAAUGUUAGUUGAAAAGAAGAAAUAAGCCAUUGAUACCAACCAAUUAUAACCUUUAUCCCCAACUAUGCAAGGUAACAGACAAGGAAAGUGAGAAAUUGUACCUUAUGAAGUUCUGAAUAAAGAGU